AUGUGGAGAGAGGGGAAGAGUAGUAAAGUUAGAAAAUUUCUUACCGGAGAUACUGACCAGGAAGAGCGGCGAUUUAAACGACGGGAGGAACACGACGACGUUGGUGAAGCCGCACGGCGGCGGAAACUGGGAAGUAGAUCUGCAAGCGGUAUAACAAAUAAGGCAUUUAAGACUAAUGAUUCCGGUCUAGCAUCUUAUGUUGCUAGUCCAAUUGACCUAUCACUCAGCUGGAAGGAUGUGAAAUGGCUUCAAACCCCAUUGCCAAUUUUAGUGAAGGGUGUACUUAGGGCUGAACACACAAAGUUAGCUAUACAAGAUCGAGUUGCUGGAAUCAUUGUUUCCAAUAUGGCGGAGUUCGUAGAGGGAAAGAUAGAUAUAAAAUUAUACUAUGGCCUUUUUUCCUUACUGAAGCAUUUUCCAUCGUUUAGAUUUCGUAUCUCUGUACUAUAUCAGAUUGGAAGACCAGUGGUGUUCUCACUGGCUACUGAUGGUGAAGCUGGUGUAAGAAAAAUGCUUCAGAUGCUUCGUGAUGAGUUUGAAUUAGCUAUGGCCUAUGAUGUAUAG